AUGAGUGAUGAUGAAAGUGCUACAUCUUCAGGGAAAGACCAACCGGCAUCAAAACAACCAAACUCUACAACACAAAGUUUUAACGCUCCUAGAAGUGGUCUACCCCCUUUUCUCCCAUUUGACCCAAUCACAGAUUCAGCAACAGUGUCUCAACGAUGGAAGAAAUGGAUACGGCGUUUUGAAAACCUACUCAUCAGCCUUCGAGAGUUCGACUCGACCAUCCGGCGAGGUCUUCUCUUGACAUACGUUGGCGAAGCAACAAACGAUAUCUUCGACAUUCUGCCAGACACCGGUACAACGUAUGAAUCAGCCGUCGACAGUUUAACGCAGUAUUUCAUUCCGCGUGGAAACAAAGAUGUAGCUAUAUUCGAAUUUCGCGAGUUGACACAAGAAACUAACGAGACUCUCACUGCGUAUUAUCGAAGACUCAAAACCAAGGCAACAGACUGUGAAUUCGCGAACGAAGACGAAGAGAUUAAAAUACAAAUCAUCCACAAGACACGAGACUCAAGAUUGCGAAAGAAAGCCCUUCGUGAAAGCAUGGACUUAAAAGCCUUAUUAGCGCACGGAACUUCGCUAGAAAUUACGGAUCAACAAGCGCAACGACUAGAAAACGCAAACACAGACCUAAACGCAUUGGAAAGAAACCGCCAGCCACCAGCAUCGCAACCACGGGGUGCAUUCAAUCGCAGACGAAAACCACCACCGGACGGAAAGAAAACCUGCCGAAACUGCGGUGGAGCAUUUCCACACAAAGACGGAAUGCAGAAUUGCCCUGCUCGAGGAAAAUCCUGCCAUAAUUGCGGAAAACUCGGACAUUUCGCAAAAUUAUGCAAAUCGAGCAGUAAAUCGGUAAAACAUAUUACCCCACUCAAGACACCCGAUGACAGAUACUUACAAGACUCGGACGAUGAUAAUUGUUUUACCUUAAAGUCAACGCCAAAUAAGUCACCUGAGACUCAGAUCAAAAUUGGACACACUCCAGUGAAAGUACUAAUCGAUUCCGGCGCAUCUGUCAACAUUAUUCACACUGAAAUAUUCGAGCGCAUUAAAAGCGAGAACAAUCACAUUAAACUAGCCAAAACAAACGCAAAAAUUCGUGCAUACGGAACUGAUAGCCCUAUAGACCUUUCUGGAGAAUUUCACACAACAAUUAAAUCAACACACGGUCAAUCUAUAGACGCAACGUUUUACGUCACAACGGCAAAAUCCCAAUGUAUUCUCGGCUGUGAAUCAUCUACGGCAUUAGGACUAAUAACAUUGAACAUAAACAAUAUUGCGCAGCACGAGGAUCCAGUUAUAGCGAAGUUGCUCAAGCAACACGAAAAACCUUUCAAAGGAACCGGCAAUUUGAAAGGCGUUGAGGUCAAACUCGAGAUCGAUAAAUCCAUACCACCCGUAGCACAGUCGUCCAGACGAAUUCCGCACAACAUGAGAAAAAAAGUAAACGCGAAAUUACGUGAAAUGCGUGACGACGGCAUCAUUGAAAAAGUGGAGGGUGCAACACCAUGGUUAUCCCCACUCAUCGCCAUUCCAAAGAAAACUGGUGACGUCAGACUGGUUCUCGACAUGCGCGUUCCAAACACAGCUCUAAUCAGACGUAGAGUUCAGAUCCCAACCGUUGACGAGAUUCUACGCCAGAUGGAAGGAGCUAAAGUAUUUACGGAAGUCGAUCUGUCCCAAGGCUAUCUACAACUCACCCUCGCGGAAGAAUCGAGAUAUAUCACUGCCUUUACCACCCCCGACGAGGGCCCCCACCGUUUCAAGCGUUUGAUAAUGGUAGCAUCACCCUCUGGCGAAUACUUCCACGAGAUAAUCCAUGAACUUAUCAAGGGCAUUCCUAGAUGUGCAAACAUCUCAGAUAACAUCUGGUUAUGGUCCGAUGACCGACAGUCCCACUAUAAACAACUCGAACAGUUGUUAACCAAAUUGGAGUCCCGCGGUUUAACCCUCAAACUACCCAAAUGCUCGUUUUCAGUUCCAGAAAUCAAUGUCUUCGGACAUAUCGUUUCUGGAAAUGGAAUACAGCCAGACAAAGCCAAAAUCGAAGCGGUGAACAACGCCCCACCACCAAAGUCAGCCUCGGAAGUUAGAUCGUUCCUGGGUCUAACAAACUACUGCUCCAGGUAUAUCCAAAAUUACAGCAGCAUCACCUACCCACUUCGCCAGCUCACGAAGGCAGACGCAAAGUUUCGAUGGAGCGACGAACACGAGAAAGCAUUCAUCACCCUGAAGCAAGCCCUAACGAGUGCUCCAGUUUUGGCUCAUUACAGUCUCGAAGCCAAAACGCGAGUCGUAGUUGACAGAAAGCCAUAUCCUUAG